GGUUGCAGCAGCUGCAGUUCCCGAAACGUCAGAUUUACAUAAUACAAGUGCGAAAAGUUUUCUGUUUAGUUUGGGCUGGUCCUGAAUUCUGAGCGAUACAAUCAAGUGCUAAUCGAUGAUGGCCAGCUUUUUGACCGGCAAGACGGUGGCGUUUGCCAACGAAUUAUUCCACACAGUACUGCGAAUUAAUAGCAGUCGACUGUCAAUCAACCUGGCACAUCAGCUUUCGACCUCGAGUACACAGGAUCUGCACUUAUUAAAAUCGCCUAGUAGACCUUUGCAAACUCGGCUGGCGCUACUAUCCACAGAAACUGCCAGAGCAUAUCCCGCUGCGACUGGAACUAAUCAAACCUCCGUAAGUGCUGAGACAGAGGGAGGAUUUUUGAAGCGCUUCAUCAAAAAAAUGGGCUGGCUGGACAACUCUAAAGUCCGUCUGCGGAUGUCGAGCUGCUAUCUGUACGAAUCGGUAGCCGAUUGCGUUAACUACAACGAAUUCUUCACGUACUUCAAUAUGCCUAAUUCCUUCAACACCUGGUUCCUGAUAACCGAGCUGCAUGUGUGGAUGCUGCUGGUACGUGCCAUGGCCGAAGGACCGGAGAAGGAUGCUGCUGGUCGGUUCAUGCGUAACUGCAUAGUAGAAACAAUGUGGAAUGAUGUGACAACCCGGGCGAAGCAGCUAGCGGCUGAUAACCCGUCGGCUGUACGGCCACAAAUUCAACUUCUUUCAGAGCAAUUUCAGGCCACGCUGAUGGCUUACGACGAGGGCAUCAGCAGCGAUGACAAGGUGCUGUCGGGUGCCCUGUGGCGGAGGUUCUUCUCCAGUAGAUGCGAAGACUACGAGCAUCUGGAGCUACUAGUUAAGUACGUGAGGAGACAGAUGGAAAUGCUGGAUAAGACAGACCGUUACAAUUUUGCAAUCAAACCAACAGUGAAGUGGCUGCCGUUGAUUGAAAAACCCGGAUUGUAGAGGCUGUAAAUAUAAACGCUGGAGUGAAA